ACCAUCUUGGAGAGCGAGGUGCUUGCCAGUUAGUCAGUCAGUCCGGUCUCUCUCUUUCUCUCGCCGGGUGUUAGUGAAAUGGCGGCCGCUGCAGCUGUGGGCCCCGCCGGGGUGACCAGUCAGUCCAGCCGAAAGAGGCUGAUGAGGGAGGAGGACAUGACCAAGGUGGAGUUCGAGACCAGCGAGGAGGUGGAUGUGACUCCCACCUUCGACACCAUGGGGCUGCGGGAAGACCUGCUCCGGGGAAUCUACGCUUAUGGUUUUGAGAAACCUUCAGCUAUUCAACAGAGAGCUAUCAAGCAGAUAAUUAAAGGAAGAGAUGUUAUUGCACAGUCACAGUCUGGUACAGGCAAAACUGCAACCUUUUGUGUGUCUGUUCUUCAGUGUUUGGACAUUCAGGUUCGUGAAACUCAAGCUUUAAUUUUGGCACCAACCAGAGAAUUGGCAGGACAGAUUCAGAAGGUUCUUCUUGCUUUGGGGGACUACAUGAAUGUGCAGUGCCAUGCCUGCAUUGGAGGUACAAAUGUAGGUGAAGAUAUCCGCAAACUGGAUUAUGGUCAGCAUGUAGUUGCUGGUACCCCGGGUCGUGUUUUUGAUAUGAUUAGACGCAGAAGUUUGAGAACCCGCGCCAUUAAAAUGCUAGUUUUGGACGAAGCAGAUGAAAUGCUUAAUAAAGGUUUUAAAGAGCAGAUUUAUGAUGUAUACCGAUACCUUCCUCCUGCUACUCAAGUAUGUCUGAUCAGUGCCACAUUGCCUCAUGAAAUCUUGGAAAUGACCAAUAAAUUCAUGACUGAUCCCAUUCGUAUACUGGUGAAACGUGAUGAGUUGACAUUGGAAGGCAUCAAGCAAUUCUUCGUGGCUGUGGAGAGAGAGGAGUGGAAGUUUGAUACUUUGUGUGAUUUAUAUGACACUUUGACUAUUACACAGGCUGUAAUUUUCUGCAACACCAAAAGAAAGGUAGAUUGGUUGACAGAGAAAAUGAGAGAGGCUAACUUCACAGUAUCAUCCAUGCAUGGGGACAUGCCUCAGAAGGAGCGUGAGUCCAUCAUGAAAGAAUUUCGUUCUGGAGCCAGCCGUGUUCUCAUAUCUACUGAUGUGUGGGCUAGAGGUUUGGAUGUUCCCCAGGUGUCUUUAAUCAUUAACUAUGAUCUGCCCAACAACAGAGAAUUGUACAUUCACAGAAUUGGUCGUUCAGGGCGAUAUGGAAGGAAAGGUGUUGCUAUCAACUUUGUGAAGAAUGACGAUAUUCGGAUCCUGCGAGAUAUUGAGCAGUACUACUCUACCCAAAUUGAUGAAAUGCCCAUGAAUGUUGCUGAUUUGAUCUAAAGAAUGAUAUCCCAUAUGGAACAACUCUGGAAAUAAGCUGCAAAGAAAACAUUUGACGCAAUUUUAUUUUGGGAACUGGUUUCAAUAGCAAACUUUUAACUGUUUAUUUUUUUUGUAUUUAACUGUGUAUCGGAUAUAGCUCCACAAAGCAUUGUGAUCCAUUGUAAAUAUUGCAUUUGGUGGAUUUUUUUUCAAUUAAAAAAAAAAAA